CCUCCGCCCCCUCUCCCCUCCCAUCUCCAGCAAUCUCUCCACUCCACCACCACCACCUAGGAAUCGUCGGCGCGACGGCUCGGGCGGGGCACUCCACGCCCCCGCAUCGAUUCCUCCCUCCCACCUCACCCCGCCCCACCCCCACCCGAUCCACCGCCGAAGCCGCCCUCCGCCCCGCCACCGAUGGCGGCGUCGUUGUCGGCGAGGAAGAAGGCCCCGAGCCCGCCGAGGCACCGCCACGACGGCACCUCGGGCCUGCCGCUCGGGAUGGACUGGAGCCCGCCCCCGAAGAGAUGGGAGGGAAGGAAUACUGUAUGGCCACAUAACCCUCAAACAGGAUGGAGUUACUGUGUGAUGAUACCGUCUUGGAUCACUCAGACACCUGAAGCUAAUGCGACCCCUGACAACUUCUUGAAUUCCGUAGUUUUUUACAGGGUACAUGUUGGUAUACAAUCUCCAGAAGGCAUCAGCUCUAGCCAUGGAAUUCUUCGAAGGUUUAGUGACUUUCUAAAGUUAUCUUCUGAUCUUAAGCAGGCAUUUCCCAGAAAAGGAAUUCCCGCUGCUCCACCAAAGCAUGCCUUUUCAAGAAUAAAUUCAAGCAGGUUGCUUCUAGAAGAGAGAAGGAAUGCUUUGGAGGAGUGGAUGCAAAAGCUACUUUCUGACAUUGAGUUUUCAAGAAGUGCGCCUGUUGCUGCUUUUCUUGAGCUGGAAGCUGCUGCACGCUCAUAUUUCCAAGAUUGGAAUCAGCAUCCUUCUGAAGCGGGUUCUUCAGCAAAAAGUAGUACAGAUUCUUCUCCGCAUCCUGCUGAACAUGGUUCAGGUGUUCUCACUGAGUCCAGUCAAAUAAGUUCAGCCCUUGCUCAUGGUACUGGUCUGACAGGAGCAACUGGAAAUGGUGUGCUAGGAGAUUCUAUCUUAGAUCAGCCCAAUGAGCGGGUUAGUAGCAUGUUAAAUCACAGGAAAGAGAACCAUGUCUUUGUGGAACAUGGUGUUAGGAAUGGUUCUGUAGAUACUCAUAAGGGAAUUAUUUCAGAAGAGGAUCAUGAUUCUAACCCUGGCCAUGCCAGGAAGGACUCUGCUGAAAGUUUAGGAAGCGAUUUGAGUUCUUUGAGGGGAAGUGAGUUAUCGGUACCUGGGGUUAGUAGUUCCCUUGGAAUUGAUGAACAUAGCCAAACAGAACAAUUUACAGGUUUAGAUAUGCAGCUUUUAUAUGAUAUGGAUGCACAAAUCAUCCUUCCUGAAGAUCAAAGGCAGAAGUUUGCUAGACUUUUGAUCACCAUGGAAAGAAGGCAAGCGACAGCAAAAACUGAUAUGGAGGAUCUCAUAGCAAGAGUGAAUCAGGAAGUGGCUGUCAAAGAAUAUCUUGCGACAAAGGUCAAAGAUUUGGAGGUUGAAUUGGAAGCUACAAAGCAGAAGGGCAGAGAGGUUCUACAGCAGGCUAUCUUGGCUGAAAGAGAGAAAAUUACCCAGAUGCAAUGGGAUAUGGAUGAGCUUCGCAGGAGGAACUCAGAAAUGGAGUCAAAUCUGAAGAUUGAACAGAAUGAGAAAACUCGUGUGCAGUCAGAGAAAACAACUGCUAGUGGUGAAAAUGAAAUGUUACUUGAAGAACUAGAAACUAAACGAAAGGAAGUUGAGAGUUUGCAACAGCAUCUUGAAGAAGUUGAGGCAAAGUCUAAAGCAGAUAUAAAGGUUCUUGUUAAAGAGGUGAAAUCCCUCCGGAACUCCCAAAAAGAUAUGAAAAAAGUGCUGAAUCAGUAUCAUGAGGAGAAAACUGAAUUAGAGAGGAUUGUCAACAGAGAGAAGCAGCGGUCAACACGUGCAAGGUUGUCCCGUGAAAAAAUUCUUCACGAAUGCAGACUACUCCGUGAGCGUCUUCAAGAAUGUACUGCCAAGUUUCUUGCAGAUGAGCAAGUCAAUAUUGCUAUUGAUCCAUCAUCUUUGCCUGAUGCAUUAGAUCUUGUGACAACAUCAGACAAUAGAAUACGCCUGCUUGUUGCUGAGGCUCAACUUCUGCCAAGAGAUGAUGAACAGGACUCUUCUGAUGAUGGUGAUAAUUCUGAUGGUAAAUCCUCAGUUGCCAUGAACAGUGAAGAUGCAUAUCUUACUGAUGAAGAGACAACAAAAAUGUUAUCUGAUCUGCUUAUUGAUAAUGCACAACUGAGGUUGCGCUUGAAUUCUCUCAUCCGUAAUGCUGUAAAUACUGCUGUGAAGACAGAGAAAGAAGGUAGCGAUGGAAUCGUCCCAAAAAAGACGGUGCUUAAUUGGUUAUUGGACAGAUAGAAAAACCCGUGUAUAUUCUUGUGAAUUAACUCUUCUAUCUAUGCGGCCUUAUCAAAGUUAUAUGAUGAGUAUUGCUUAAUGCCGGAGUAAAAGGAGGAAAAAAAAAGAGUUCAAAAAUCUUCCUUACAUGCAGUGCAAGCAUGUCUCGCGGUGCUGUAUUGCUUAUUUACAGAAAUUGAUAGAGGAUAAUAUAUUUAGGUGGCUUCUGAGCAUGGCCUCCUGACGGGAGUACGUUAGGCUCAUAUGGUUUUUGGGAAGGCUUGCAACUGGAGCGAUAGAGAACAUGAGUCCCCCUUUUUUGCACCAUACUUCAAUCUGUAAUUGCAAAGCUGAUGGUUAGUUGCAUGGUUGUAUCUUUGUACAGAUGUUUCAGAUGGUGAGUUCCCAGCAGGAAAGCAUUGUACACUAUAGUUAAAACUCUGGAUUAAUCGUCUACGUAGAGUGUUCAACUGUUAAAUCAGUACU